AUGGGUUCAUUAAUUAGUACUGCUUAUGAUCGUUCACUUUCAUUAACACUCAAGGGUGGAAACAGACCAAAUAUGGAAAAACUAAAUCCAAUAUUAAUAUCUAAAUAUUUUGUAAAUUUACAAUCUGGAAAGAAUCUUUAUAUCACUGGAUUUUUGGUAUCGUUUUUGCUCGGAGUUCGUUUGUUGAGAAAUGUGUUCUCAAAGCAAAUGAAUUUGAAAGGUAAAUUGGCAAUUGUCACCGGUGCAUCGAGUGGAAUCGGACUUUCGAUUGCAACUGAGUUGGCUAGCAAAGGUGCUACCGUCUGCUUGGUUGCUCGUUCCAAAGACAAAUUGAGUGUCAUCGUCGAGGAUUUGAAAUCCAAGGGAUUCGAAGCUUUCUACAUCUGCGCUGACCUCAGCAAGCCAGCUGAUGUCACUCAAUGUCACCAAGCAGUAAUGCAAACCAUUGGAAAUCGUCCAGUCGAUAUCCUUGUCAAUUGCGCCGGUGCAGGUCACUGGAAAUUCAUUGAAGAAACAUCAAUGGAAGAAUGUAAUGAAAUGAUGGCAUUACCAUAUUUCGCAGCAUUUUAUAUGACAAGAUUAUUUAUUCCAAGAAUGUUAAGUUUGAAUAGUGGAUAUAUUAUUAAUGUAAAUUCACCUGCAUCAUCGAAUCCAUGGCCAGGUUGUAUUGGUUAUGCAUGUUCACGUUAUGCUAUGCGUGGUUUCACUGAUGCUUUGAGAAUGGAUUUGAGAGGAACCAACGUUCAAGUGAUGGAAGUGAUUGCCGGUGAGACCAAUUCCAACUACUUUGAAGCGAACGGAAUCGAUGAAUCGCACUUCCCAUAUCUAGCUCAAUGGCUACCAAAGAUUUCACCUUCGGACGUUGCCAAGUCAACAGUUAGCGGAAUCAUCAACAACAAGAGUCGUGUAGUGACUCCAUCGUCACUCGGUUUCGUCAUUAGAAUGGGUCAACUAUUCCCUAAUUUCACCACCUUGUUUGUCGCUCGCUCACCAAGAGGUGAUCAGAGAAUUCAAAACAUCUUGAAAUCCGCUGAGAAUUCAAAAACCAAACAAGAAUAA